CGUUAAAACCGCUUUCGUAUAUAUACAUGUACACGAAAAAAACAAAAACACAUUACGUUUUCCCGGCGAGUUUUCAAGCCACGAAACCUUCUCAAGCUUUUCUCUUUCUUCGGAAUUUCUCCGAGGAAAUUCGAACUCUCGCUCGGUUGGUUUCUCUCUCCAAAAUCACUUCUGUUAGUUACUCUGUUUUUGGUUGUUGUUGUUGAUGUUGUUUUGAUCAAUGGUGUUUUCUGGUGAAGAAGAAGAGAGUAACAUGGGUUCAGGUUCUGAAAGAGGGAAGCCUCUUCACAAUUUCAUGUUACCUUGCUUGAAGUGGGGGACUCAGCGUCACCUCAAGUGUAUGAAGAUUCCUUCCGACGAGGGAUCGCCGUCGCGGAAUAAUGCGACGGAGUCUGAGAAAAAGAGGAGCAAGAUCAGCGAACAGAGAUUCACCGGCGACGAAGGGAUCGGUGCUGUUAGAGAGAAGUUGAUGCUUGAUCUGAAGACUGAAGCUGAUAGAAUGAAAGAUGCGAUAUUGAGAAAGGAGAAGGAGAAUAAUGGUGGCGAUGAGGAUGAGGUUGAGGUUGAGGUAGUUGCUUCUGCGGCGGCGGCGAGGGAGAGGACGUGGAAUUUGAGAACGAGGAAGGGUGUUGGUGGUGGAGAGAGUGGAAAGGGGUUGUUGAAGAUUGAUGAGAAGAAACCUAACGUGUCGCCGUCGGCGUUAAGGAAUGGUAACAGCGGCGUUAAGUUGAAGGGUGAUGGUGAUUCGAAUGAAAAGGUGAAAUUUUCAUUGACGUUGACGAAGAAGGAGAUUGAAGAAGAUUUCAUGAAGAUGGUGGGUCAUCGGCCUCCGAGAAGGCCCAAAAAGAGGCCCAGAAUUGUUCAGAGGCAAAUGGAUACACUUUUUCCUGGUAUGUGGUUGUCUGAGGUUUCUGCUGAUGCGUACAAGGUUCCUGAUGUUCCUGAGGGCAAGAAAUAGAAGCAUUGAGAAUGGGAAGAUGGAACAUUGGAAUUUGGAAGACAUAUAUUAGCUGAAUGCUGGGAGAGACAGCAGCUUCUUAGGAUGAUUACAUCUGACUAUGUUUGAUGGACAUUUUCUUGGUAGUACAGUUGAUGUGUUUUUUUGUUGUUGUUUUUAAGGUUUUAUAGGGAAUAGUUCAUUCUUUUGUUUAUAUGAAUAGUUCUCAUAAAAGAUUCACACCAUUGGAUGAGAAAAUAUGGCUUCUGUUUCUACUAUGCUUUUUCAUCAAGCUUUGUAGUUUCAGCACCUUUGAAGAAAGAAGCUAUAAUAAUAAUAAUAUUGACAAUGUCAAACUUUGUUUUCAAAUACAAAGUGUUUGAUCC